AUGAGCGCCAAGUUUGAAACUCCACCCAUGAAAGCAGUAAAUGUGCAUAGUAUUACAAACAAUACCGUGCAUUUAACACGUAAAGAAAUCCUUGACUGGCUCGUAGUUUCUCUAGGUUUUAGUAUUACUCGGUUGGAAGACCUUGCAAACGGUUCUAUAUAUUGCCAGAUUAUGGAGAAGCUAUUUCCUGGCAGUAUUUGUGUUAAUAGAAUAAAUUUCAGUGCAAAAUCUGCUUAUGAAUCUUUUGGGAAUUAUAAGCUUCUGCUUAAUGCUUUCAGAGAGUGUGAAGUUAGCAAGGAUAUACCAAUAGAAAGUCUUAUUAGUGGAGCAUUUUCAGAAAAUUUUCGAUUUGCACAAUGGUUUCGACUGUUUUACGAAGCUAAUAUAAAAACACAUCAGAGAAAAGACAAUUUCAACAGCAAAAAGUUAAAUUCAAACAAGAAAUACAACAAAAGACAUCAACCACCACCACCACAACAACAACGACAGUCUAACACCAUCAAGAAUUGUCUGUCACCAUCAAUAUCAUCCUCAUUGUCAACAACAACAACAACCUCGGGAUUGACGCCAGCAUCCGGCACUCCUUUACAUCGACGUGAACAUAAUAGCAGAUCUUUGAAAUCAUCGUCUUAUAGUAGUUGUAGUAGUAGGUCGAAUGGAUCAUCCAAUUCUGCAAGACCUCAAUCAUCAUUACGAAUGAAAACUGAUCGAUCAACUACAUGUCAUGUUAGAGCACAGUCUUCAACUGGAUUUUAUGAGAAAGCUAAUGGGAUGUGGAAAAGUGAAGAUACUAGACAGGAAUAUGGAGAAGUAACUGAUCCAAGUACUGACGAAACUAUUGUCUCACACUGCAAUAAUACUAUUCAUAAAAAUGCUUCAACAUCACCUUCAUUACAACCGAAAAAUUCCUUAAAUAUUCAAAAUUCUGAUAUAAUAAGAAGAAUAUUACUAGAACAAAUUAUGGUGUUGAUGUCUAUAACAAUGCAACACAUUUUAAGCGACCAGUAUACCGUCAGUUCGUCUUAUGCAUAUUCAAACAAAACUGAUGAAGAUAUCAAUGACUGCGUUACAUCUCAACAAGUAUCAUCAAUUUCAUCUUGUAAGCAUAAUCAAUUCGAUAAUCUAGAACAUUCAACCACCACAGAUAGCAUACAUCAAUAUCAUAGGAUUCAAACUGCCUCCCCUGCUAUCGAUGUAAAUGAUAAUUAUGCCUUGAACAUUGAAAAUAAUAUAACUAAGAGUUUAAAACAAAAUCUACAUAGAACUGAUGAAAUACAACAAUCAUUCAAUGAAAUUUUAGCUAAAAAUCAUAAUAGGCAGACAAUGAUAACGCCAACAACUUCUACUAGCCCAGAAUCUUCGAUGACAAAUCAAUCAUUGCUUGAAAAAUCAAUAAUUGAUAAAUUAAAAAGACGAAUUAUUUCUUUAAAUAAAGAGAAUAGUCAACUUAAAGAAAUACUGAAUUGUAUACAAAAGGAAACAGAGUUUUAUCUAAAGAAAAUGUGUCAAAUUGAAGAUUUCUGCCUACAAUUAAUUCAUCAUGAUAAUAGUAAUUAUGAUAAUGAAGAAGGAGGAUUUCAUCAAGGCGAUAAUCAAGUCAGUGUUGUUCAUAAUCACAACGAUGAAAAUCGUCAUGAUGUCGAUGUUGAUGGCAUGAAUCAUCAUUCUUCUAUGGAUAAUUUAUCACACACACUCAUUCAAGAAAUUUUAGCCAUCCUUUAUGAUGGAAGUUAUCAGGAAAAUGUCGAUAUGACGGAAGAACGAGGAUAA